CUCUGAGUGAGUGGUAUCCCUUUUCUUCUCCUAACUGAAAGAAGAGACGACCGGAAAAGAUUCGCUUCUCGUAUGCGAAGAAAUUGAUUCGAACUUGUCGAAAAUGGCGAUAUCUGGGAAUCUGAGGAUCUCUGCGAGCUUACUAACUCCUUAUCAUCACCAUCCUAAAUGCCUUUCACUACCUUCUUCUUCUAAGGUUGAUUUCUCUGGAUUUGUGGGCAGCGGCGUAAACAUCUUGGAACCUUAUAAAUGUCCUCCUGGAGUGUCUAUCAUUCGAGGUGACACACGUGGCAAAGCAAGGAACACCGGAGGAGACUACGAGCUAUCACCAAGCCCAGCUCAGCAAGAGGUGGAGAGCUUUCUCCUGAACGCCAUCAACAUGAGUUUCUUCGACCGUUUAAACCUUGCGUGGAAGAUCAUCUUCCCUUCCCACGCUUCGAAAAGAAGCUCCAACGCGAGAAUCGCAAAGCAGCGGCUCAAGAUGAUUUUGUUCUCGGACAGGUGCGCGGUUAGCGACGAAGCUAAGAGGAAAAUCGUCAACAACAUCGUUCACGCGCUGUCGGAUUUCGUGGAGAUUGAGUCGGAGGAGAAAGUUCAGCUGAAUGUAGCUACGGAUGGUGAUCUCGGGACCAUUUACUCGGUCACGGUGCCUGUUCGGAGGGUGAAAGCUGAGUACCAAGACGUGGACGAGGUUGGAUCUAUAUCCAAUGUGGAUUACAAAGAUACCCUUGAUGGUUCUGUGGAUGUCAGGUUCGAUUUUUAUGUUCCAGAGUAAGAAGUUAAGAGUUAUAUUCUUGAAUAGUGUCUUGUUUGUCUGUUUUCUUGUUGCUGUUCUUGAAGUUUCUAGUCUGCGAGGGAACAAAGAAAGUUUCUUAACAUUCCCAUUGUAUAUAUGUAUGCAACUUAUCUCUUCGAAGUUUUAACUAUGUUCUUCUUGGCAAUA